AGUUUUCCCGUCUGUUUCGAUUCGGUAUUGGGAAUAUAUGUGAAUAUUUAUUUCGUGAUUUGACCAUUUGCACGGAUUACUCGAGGAGAGGCCCAGUGUUGGACUUUGACAGAGCGCGGAAUAAUGGCGUACGUACCGAGAUUUGCCCUCAUAGCAUUUGCUUGCAUAUUUGCGAUAUGUGCACCAGGUCCUAUCUCCGGGCAAAUUCGUUAUUCUAUUUCCGAGGAAAUGGAGCAAGGGGCAUUUGUUGGGAAUAUCGCUGUGGAUUUGGGCCUGAACAUACGGCAAUUGUCAGCUCGCAAAUUCCGACUGAGCUCUGAAGACGGAGGGCGGUAUAUGAAGGUCAGUUUGGACAAUGGAAUCAUGUCUAUUCGUGAAAAAAUCGACCGGGAUCGUAUUUGUGGACAGAAUGAUAAAUGUACUGUACAUUUCGAAACAAUAUUGGAAAACCCCUUGGAGGUGUACCACGGGGUAUUGGAGAUUCUUGAUGUAAAUGACAAUUCCCCCACUUUCCCACAGAGCAGCAUUGCCUUGCAGAUAUCGGAAGCUAGUGCACCCGGUGUACGUUUUCGACUCGAGGGCGCGGAUGAUCCCGACAUUGGUACAAACUCCGUGGCCGCUUAUACUAUCAGUUCCAGUGAGCACUUUAGUCUAAAAACACAGAGAGCCGAAGACGGUAUUAUGAUUGCCGACUUGCUGUUAGGGAAAUAUUUGGACCGAGAGCAGCAAUCAUCAUUUCAACUCUUGCUUACGCCGACUGAUGGUGGCACCCCUCAGAGAUCAGCCACAGCUCAGAUUAUCAUUACUGUAUUGGAAAUUAACGAUAAUCCACCUGUGUUCGAUCACGAUAUUUACAGAGGCAGCGUAAGUGAGAACGCGCCGCGGGGUACGUUGGUGCUGAAAGUUAAAGCAAUUGAUUUGGACGAAGGACUGAAUUCGGAGCUGACAUAUUGUUUUAGUGAUAUUGCUUUGAUAAGAGCGCGAAAAUUAUUCAGUUUAGACCCAGUUACUGGAGAGCUUCGAGUCAAAGGGCUUCUCGAUUUUGAACAAGUAAACAGCUAUUCUCUGGAUAUUCGAGCCCAUGACCACGGUUCCCCUGCAAUGACAGGACACUCCAAAGUACCGAUCAAAGUCACUGAUGUGAACGACAACGCACCUGAGAUAAAGGUACCAUCACCUUGCAACAAAACGGAAAAUGCGCCACCAGGAAGUUUCAUAUGUCUGAUUAAUGUGAUGGAUCGUGAUUCUGGAGCGAACGGUCAAGUACGUUGCGAGUUAAGACGAAAGAACGUCCCAUUUCGACUGCAAAAGGUAUCGAACAACUAUAAAUUAAGCACGAGUGAAAUGUUGGACCGCGAAGCCAUCUCUGAGUAUAACAUUCUUAUUUCAGCCUGGGACUUGGGGUCGCCGUCACUCUCAUCAAAUAAAACCAUCCAGAUUGUAAUUUCUGACGUUAACGAUAAUGCACCACAAUUCGCAGAGUCAUCCUACAACAUAUAUAUAAUGGAGAAUAACGCCCCGGGUGCGUCCGUUUCCACAGUAACUGCAACAGAUCCUGAUCUGGAUCAAAAUUCCUAUAUUUCCUACUCCUUUCUCGAUAACCAUAUACAAAACGUGCCAGUAUCCACUUACCUCACUAUCAAUUCAAUUAACGGUACAAUUUACGCGCUGCGUUCCUUUGAUUAUGAGGAACUAAAAAACUUCCAGAUCCAUGUUCAAGCCCGUGACGUCGGGGUGCCUCCGUUGAGCAGCAGCGCCAUGGUGAAUGUGAUCAUCCUGGAUCAAAAUGACAACGCGCCGGUAAUUGUUUCACCUUCAGCAGCAGUGGAUACCGUACCCCGGUCAGCAGGUCAAGGGUACUUGGUCAGCAAGAUAAUGGCAACUGAUGCAGAUUCUGGUCAGAACGCACAGCUCUUUUAUCAAAUAGUGAAAUCUACCAUCCCUGGUUUGUACAACGUUGCACAACAUUCCGGAGAAGUUAGAACAGCGCGCAAUAUUUUCCAGUCAGACACUGCUGUACAAACUCUAGUCAUCUUGGUUAGGGACAAAGGGCAGCCAAGCCUGUCCAGCACAGUUACAAUGAACAUUAGAGUUUUGGAGAACAGCACUGAAGGAAUCAGCGAAAGUAGCACCUUGGUAAAGAAUCCAGAAUAUUUCUCUGAUCCAAACGUUUAUUUAAUCGUCAUUUUUAGUUGCACUUCCGUGGUCUUUCUUCUGAUCAUCAUUCUGUUGAUUGGUAUCAAGUGCAAACAGGGCAGAAAUAUUAUCCAAGAGUAUAACUCUCCCAGUUAUUGUUACAACGGCGGGGUUUCGCACGGCACGUUUAAUGGAAUAUCUGCGAUGGAGGAAACAUUACGUUAUCCUGGGGCAGGCCGGGUAGUGCGAAGACCAGAACCGAAUCAAUGCUCGGUCUGCCUGUCUCCAGAGUCAGCGAAAAGCGAUUUUCUCUUCCAGAAGCCAUGUGGUGCUGCCACCUCUCAAGACCAAUGCUAAAUUACGUCGAUACGUAGAUUGAGGAAUGGUAAUUUUGUGUGCGACCAUUUUAUUUCUGCUGAGGAAUGUGAAUCAGUGCGAGUGAAAUAUUUAAGAAAACGUUCUCUUGGUGCAUUUUUUCUCUUUUUCGUUUAAAUUGGUGUAACGUUGUAAUUGUCCAAAAUAA